CUUAAGAAGGGGGGGGUCGUGGAUGGCACCAUGAGUGAAAAAGUAAGAGUUUCAAAAAUCAAAGAAAAGAAAGGAAAAUUUUUAAAGAGAGAAUUAAGUGAAAAGGAACAAGCAAGUGCACUUGAAGAACCCAUGAUGCUUGCAGCUGGAACUUCAGAACAGGUGAAUGGCAUUCAAAGGAAAAGAAAUAGUUCUAAAGGUAGGAAUACCCAGCCUAGGAAAAGAAACAAGGUUAUAGCAGCAGUGGAAUCUGUGCAUUUUGAGGGAGAAGAAAAGAUUCCUGUUUUGGAAGACAAGGUUGUAGCCAGAAAUACGAUUCAUGAAGCUGCCAAACAAAUUAAGGACAAAGAGAAGGAAACAAAUCAAACUAAAAGUCAAACUGAGAAAAAGAAAAGCUGCAGCAUGGACAAAGACAGCCCAGAAGACAAUGAGGAAAAGAAAUUUAAGGCUGUCAAAAGAGAUCCUCAAAAACAGAAUAAGGAGGAAAAUGAACAGCCAGUUCCAAGACCUGCCAAAUAUGAGAGUCUUGGGGAAGGCCCUCCCUCAGUUCCAUCCACUGGGAAGAUGUAUGUAGGAUGCCAUGUGUCUGGAGCAGGUGGACUUUGGAAUGCAUUUACCAAUGCAGAAGAAUGUAAUGCCAAAUCAUUUGGACUUUUUCUACGUACUCAGCGUCAGUGGGCUGCCAAACCCCUUGAUGAUAGCACUGUAACUAAAUGGAAAAAAGCUUUGAAAGAUCUGCCACCACAUUUAAUUCUCCCACAUGGAUCUUAUUUAAUGAAUCUUGGUUGUCCCGUCCCAGAAACAUUGAUUAAAAGCCGUGCUAUGCUCUUGGAGGAAAUUGGCCGUUGUGAGAAAUUGGGGAUACCUCAUUUCAAUUUUCAUCCUGGUUCUACACUUGGAAAAAUUUCUAGAGAAGAAUGCUGCAAAACCAUUGCCGAGAGUAUCAAUAAUGUAGCUGAGCAAACUAAGGGUGUAAUAUUUGUUCUAGAAAAUAUGAGUUGCCAGGGAAACACAGUUGGAGGAGAUUUCCAUGAGUUACGAACCAUCAUAGAAAAUGUGAAAGACAAGACAAGAAUUGGUGUUUGUCUUGAUACAUGUCAUGCGCAUGCUGCAGGAUAUGACCUUGGUACUGAGUCUGGCUUUGAAAGAUUUAUAGAAGACUUUGGUAAGAUUGUGGGGUGGCAGUUUCUCCGAGGGCUACACAUUAAUGACUCUAAAGGAAAAUCUGGCAGCCACCUUGAUCGACACGAAAACAUCGGGAAAGGCACGAUUGGCAAAAUGGGCUUUAGUCGUAUUAUGAACUGUAAACACUUUCUAGACUUACCUCUUAUCUUGGAAACCCCAUGGGUUAGUAAUGCAGGCUAUUCCAAAGAAAUAAAGCUUCUUGAAAGUUUAAUUGCUAAUAAAUAAAAAAAAUUGGGUUGGCAUUAUAAAUUAGAGUAUUCUUUCCAGUCUUAUGGUUUAUUGUAGUCUCUUAAGAAAAAUAUAACAAUUUUAAUUAUCUCUUUUGGAUAGCUAUAAAUUAUUUUCUUCUUGUAUAUGAAUUGAGAGUUACUUUAGAAGAUUCCUAUCCAGAUUUUGGGUAACUAUAUUAUUUUUAUCUUAUUGUGAGGUAAAUGUACUAUUUUAUAGUUACAACUGCUAAGUUUUUUUCUUUUUUUUUUUCAUAAGAUAGAUUGCAAAGGAUUGUUAGCAUUAACUUUAAUUAGUACCUUCAUUUUAUUUUAAGUCACAUUUAUGGUAUUAAUGCUCAUACGAUAAAGCAAAUCUUGACCUACUUCUGUUAAUGAAGGCUAUCUAUGGAAUGAUUUAGGUCUGGUGAACAUCAGCAAAGUCAUGCAGGGAAAUGCUAAGAAGGUGAAAUUAUAAAUGUCAUUCAUUUGAUGUUUACCAGCAUAAAAGGAUUGUUUAUCCAUUGAUAAAUAAGACACUUGACUAUGUUCUGUGCAGUACCAAAGUAUUGGUGAUGGAUGAACAGCCAUUUGUUUCAAAGCACUAUGGAGGUCACUGAAGCUGAAGGAUGCACUCGUUUAGUUUCGGUAAGGCAUAGUAUUUGUUUUAAGCAUUAAAUAUUUUGCCAUACUACUACUUUUUAUUAUUUAAGUUGGAGUGCAUACAGUUUGCAAAGGUAUGCAGUGCUAAGUAAAUUUGAUUACUUCAUUUACAGUGUUGCAAGACUUGGCUAUCUGGAUACAAGAAAAUUUGAAAUGUAUAGUUAGAAUCUACAAAAUCUAAGUGCAUAAAGGUGAGUUAGGGCAUAAUCAUGAAAGAUACAUAUAGCUCAUGGAGAUACAGAAUUUUAAAACUUGUAUGUUUCAUAAGUUACAGACCACAAAUAUCUUUCAGUAAGAGAGCUCCCUUACUUACUCCAUCACGUGUCCCCUUUAUGGGGCUAGUGUUUUCAGUACAAUCCACAUGUUGCACUAUAUGCAAUACUAAAUCUAUACCCUUUUGAUCUUAGCUACCACCCACCCUUUUAUUCCUCCUUUCUUUCAUUUCGCUGUCCAUCCCUUAAGACUUGUUUGUCAUAUUAUUUACUUUCUAGAUCUGUAAAGUGCUCCAGUGCUUGGCUUUAUAGCCUAAAUUUUAUUAUUCAUUCAUUUGUUCAACAUGUUUGCUGUUCAUUACCUUGGAAACUUGAGCAGUUGUGGACAAAUUAGCCAAAGAUACUGCUAAGAAAGACUGACUAAUAUGUUUCUUUUUCAUAAUUGGAAUGCAAAAAUUAGACAAAAAUUUUGUAUAUAAUGUACUAACAUUUUAUAUUUUUUUGUUAAAUGACUACUAUGGUGGUUAGAAAAUUUGUAAGACUUGGCAAAUAAUAAAUAAGAAGAUGGGUGCCUCCAAAGACAGUGCUGCUAAAAUAUUUUAAAUGCUUCCUGGUACAAAGAGAAGUAUUUAUUGGAUGUAUUUACUACAGAUUACAUAAUACCAGAAACAAAGAGGAGCAAUUAUUCAUUUAUAAUAAUGACUGGGUAUGGUACCAAAUAGUCUGUGAGUAGGAUAAGUUUGAUGGAAAGGUGGGUGGUGAUCAACUUAGGUAAUCGCCUUACUUUUAGUUACUGUCCCAUGAAACGGAGUUACAUGUAAAAAAUAAAAUUAAGCAAUUAU